AUGACUAAUAAAUCUGAAGAAGCAAGUCUUUAUGUUCAAACCUUUUUCAAUGACUCAACUAAGUUCUCGGUUGAACCUAUUCAUACUCGUUUAACGGCUACUUCAAAACUCAGUGAUGAGCUUGCCGAGUAUUUUAGAGACAGAGCUAUCAUUGAGGAAACAUAUGCCAGAAACAUUGCUAAACUAUCGAAAAAAACCUAUAUUACAAAUAAAUCAACAUUAGGAACCUUUCUACCAUUAUGGGAGAAGCUUUGUGAUGAAAUGAAUGAAUUAGCGACAAACCACAUUGAGUAUGCCACAUCUAUUGUUGAUAAUAUUGAAAAACCAUUGAAAUCUGCUGCUUCCGAGCUUUAUAGCUUCGUAUCCGUUUAUGAGACGAGUAGAGAACUCAAAAAAAUUGCUCAUGAAUAUGAAGACCUUGAAAACAAAAUCCAAAAAGUUAAGAGAACUGGAAAAAGUGACUCAAAAGUAACAGAGUAUAUGCAAGUACAAGAAUCUAAAUUGGCUACAUGGCAGAAAAAAGGUCCUAAGUAUUUAAAAGACGCCGAAUCAAUAGAAAGAGAUCUUUGGCAAAACCUGAAAUCUAUCGUUCGCCAAUUUCAAGUUGUUCAACAGGAACAUGCUCAUAGGAUUAUUGAGAUGUCGGAAAGUCUGAUGACAUUUGCUGGCGAAUUUGAUGCGAACAAUGAGGUGGCUAUUUUUUGUGCUUUGCAUUCUGAUGGUGUUUCCCCAGCUCAACAAACAAGAGCAUUAGACGCAGAACAACCUUCAUCAUUGAUAGACAUUGAUCAAAUUGUUCCUGAGCCUUCAGUUUCUAACAUUAGUUCCAAUCCUCCAGCAUCUUCUUCAACUCCUCCAACACCUUCUUCAGGCAAAAAGGAUAGAAGAAAGUUCUUCUCUUCCCUUGUCUCUAUUAGACGUAAGCCUAAGUCAGACGCUCAUCAUGGCAAUAGCUUAAGUGUAGGUCUAUUUCAUAAUGGACGUCAAAGAAGUGCAAGUAAUGCAGGAAGUUUUGUGGAAUCACUUCAUUCAGUUGGAUCGCACAAUACAACCGAACCACAACAUCAUGAAUCUGAAUUUGACAAACCAAGUAAUAACUUUGAUUUGACGUCUCCAAGCUCGCCUACUUCUGUUCACUCUGCAUCUGUCCGAAAUGCACCUAGCAUCAAUGAAAGCCUUACUCAUAUGUCUUCCCAGCAACCUCCACUCAUUUUAGUUGAUUCAGAAGGAUAUUCUAUUCCUCCUCCAGACCGUACAGCUUGGCCUCAUGAUGCAAACACGACAAAUGAUUCUCUAGUAGAUACAGAUGAUAUGUAUUCUGAUGCGGGAAGUAGUAUGCUCAGUAGCCCUCGUAUUCGUGUUGACAUCAAGAACGAAUCAGUAACUGAAGAGGAUGCCUCUCAAUCAGCUGUAGCUCUUACCCGAGUAGCUACACUUUUAAAAGAAAAAAACUCCAGUAAUUCACCCACAACAAGAAGACUUCGUGGCCGUAGAGAAAUAAGAGCGACACAGUUGUAUUCUGUGGUUGAACAAGAUCAAAGCAUGUCCAACAAGGAUGAACUUUCAAAUGUUACACCAAGCACAACUUCUUCAGGCCCUUUAUUGCCGAAUCCAUUUGAAAUGAGUCAAGAAAAGAUAACAGAGGAAGAGGAGAAGGAAGAAGAAAAGCUGCCUACCAUUCAUGUUCAUACAACAGAGACAUUACAUGUGAUUUCAAAAGGAGGUUUAGCUGAACAAUCAGUUGUUUGGGGUGAAAUCAGCAUUGAAUACGACGGACCUAAAGGAACUCUUACUCCUGUCUGCUUCAAGGCCAACAAAGCAUUUGAUUCUUUGGAAACAACGAAAUAUGUGGAUAAAUUAGAAGACCAUGAUAAUGUCUUCAAAAUCAAUACACAUUUAUUCCAUUCAGAGGCUGUUGUAUGUAUCAAAUAUCAAACCAAAAUUGACAAAGAGCGUCUUCCUCUUUUUGUUAAGCCCAUGUGGAAAUGUGAAGUAGACAAAAGUCGUUUAUUGAUCAAAUACCUUGCAACAAGUCCUCCAUUAGACAAUGUUGUUUUUGUCACCAUGGUCACUGGUAAUGUGCAACAUGCAUCCAGCAUUCCAGAUGGUGAAUUGAUUUUAGCACAAAAGAGAAUGAAGUGGCAGCUCGGGCGUAUUGAUCAUCCACAGGAAUCUGUCAUUAAGGCACAAUUCGGUACAACAGAACAAGGUGAACCUCAGCCCAUUGCCGUUCGCUUUGAAAUGAAGGAUCAAUUGCUUUCAGAUGCUUAUAUUGAACAAGGAGGAGAAAGCAUUCCUUCUUUGAUCUGGGCAAAGAUGGGUAAUAGUUUCAAGACUAUCAAGACUGGCAAAUAUGUUGCUGAAGUCUAA